AUGCCACCAAAGAAGAAGACAUCCAAAGCCGCUAUGAAGACCAAAGACGAAGGGCAGGACACUGUUCCCGCAGAGAUCGGGGAGGCCGAAAACUCUUCCAACCUCCCCGUCAACCUGAAGUCGACGACUCAACUGCAAGGUGUCUCUAAGAACACCAGAAGGCGAAAUAAUGUCGACGAGGGCGUACCGGUGACAGCCGUGAUGGGCCUCAAUGAAACUGACCUCGAGGACGUCCCUCUUGACGAUACACCUCUUCGCGGGGGUCUUGCCAUGUUACGUCGUGGGCGACGAGCAUUCUCCGUGGUCGAUUCACCGCUUAUCCCGCAGACAACACCCCGUCGCAAUCCCUCUCGCAAUACGCGGAAUAGGGUGCUUGACUACGGUAGCACACCGUACAAGAAGAGGGCACCAUUGCCGACCAUUAUGAGUCCUGGGAAUCUUGAAAAGGCGGGAAACACCACCGAUUCACCAGAAGAGCUGGCCGCAAAGAUUAAGAAUAUGUACCUUGGUGAGAGCGUCGGCAAGCGCAGGGGCAGGAGCAGAAAGCAACUCUCAGACUUUGAGCUGCAAGCUAUAGGUAGGGCACCUGCCAGCACCAAGGGGAAGGGCAAGCAAAAGGCGAGCAGCGAAUCUGAGGAGUACGAUUUUGCCAACGAUGCCAUGGUUGGAGACACGGUUUCCGACUCAGAGCCCGAAGAAAUCAGAGUUCUCAAUGACGAGGAGAAGAAGCUGCAAGGGAUGAUCCUCGACUUCACAAGCAAGCUGUCGUGGUCCAAGGGCAACCUAUGGGACAUUGAAGUGAACGAUGUUGAAGUCAUUCGCAAGGAGAUCAGCCGAUGUGAAGGCAGUCCCUACUCUGAGCAGCGAGAGGAGACACGGGAGCAUGUGGCCAUCUUGAAGCGGAUGCUUGAGAUUCUUGAGUUGGCGAUUCGGCUUAAGGAGGCUAGUGCAGACUUCAGGAAUCGCAUCAAGAAGAUCGGGCUGAAGUGGGAUGUUUCGGGUUAG